AUGGCCAACCACUUCCACAUCUAUUUAUUACUGUGUGCAAUUGGAGGAUUUUGUUCAGUGCUGUCAGACAAGUUCCAGCUGGAGCCUCUGAAUGUCACAGUGCUACAAGGAUCUGAUGCCCGAUUCAACGCCACAGUGCAGAGAAGUUGGACGUACAUGACGUUCCACGUCCAAAACCGUCUAGCCCUCACUGUCCCUGCUACCGGCGAGAUAUUGUCAUCAAAAAACUAUUCGGCCAAAUCCUGCUCCAGUAACAGAAGCUGUGUGGAGUUCACUAUCCAUAACACCAACCACAAUCAGUCUGGGCCAGUCGUCUGCUUUUUGCAGGGGGCGCCUGUUCCGAGGACUGCACAUCUUUACGUACAAGUGAGUGGUGAAAUCAACAUCAAGGAAGGGAAUGUAACAGUGGAACAAGGCCAGCAGGUAGAAUUUGAGUGUGUAAUGACUGGUUGGUACCCCAAACCUACUGUCAGCUGGAUCCGAAAUAAUCAAACUGUGAACAGCAGCCUGUACAACACCACCCACGAGGAUGGACAUACCACCAGUGUCCUGAAGUUCCAGGCGGUCAGCAACACCACAGUGGAGUGUCAGGCAAUUGUGUCAGAACUACAUCAUCCAAAAUCCAGCUUUGUCUACCUGGUGGUUGUGCCCAAGCCUCCUGACUGGACCGUGCUGAUAGCUGUGGUUUGCUCCAUUGGAGGUUUUGCUCUGCUGGUUUUGCUCAUAAUCGGAAUCAUCUUCUGCUGCAAACGCAGGAAGGAAAAACAAGCCAACUACCAAGAUGAAAUGAGGAGAGUGAGGACACAGAGUCAGUUAAGUGGUGUCAAUCCCACUGGACAGCAACAAGGUCAAGUGAACGCAGGAUAUGUAAAAGACAAUCAAGUAACAAGAACAAGUAUCGCUCCCAGUGAACUCUAUCUCCCCAGUAGUUUAGAGAUGCCUGAUAUUGUGAACAGUAACCAGGCAGGAAAUAGCUACAAUAAUGCCUACAACAUUCCAAAUGAAUCAAGCCUCAAGAAACACAGACAUCUCACCAUUGUGUAAGGACAGCAGACCAAGACGUCUACAGAUGUUGAUGAGUUUUAGGACAAACCUGCACAGCACCUUGA